AUGCGCCCCUUGCAGUUCCUUGCUCUUUCCGGCCUCAUGCUCGCGAGUAACAUCUCUCUCGCAGCCGAGCUCGAACGUGACGACGUCCCUAAUCGCUGCUGGGACGUCUGCGGUCCCGUGGUGGGCAUCGCACAGAAAUGCGAUAACAUGCAUCGCGACAACGAUAGAGCCGAGAUGAUGUGCAUCUGCGACUGGAAUCAGGCAUCUACUCUGGUUCCCCUCUGCGAGGCAUGCAUCGCUCAGUACAGAAGUGACAUUCGCAAUAACAAUGACCAUGAUGAUGACCGCGACGAGAUCCAUGACAACGAUGCAUAUGAUAUCCUCACCUCCUGCUCCUUGUCCACCACGACUUAUAACGCGGCUGCUGCAACCUCCAUCCUGAGCACUGCUACGGGUACUACCCGCACAACUGCGACGAACAGCGCCAGCACUACUCAGAGCAGCAGUGGCAGCAGCUCAACUGGAUCCACCAGUACCACAGGUAACUCGCAGUCGUCCAGCAACACCAACACCGGCAGCAACGCUCAAGCGACCAACAAUGCGGUGGCUGCCUCUGCAGUCCCAAAAGCUGCGUCCGUGGCGGCUGUUGUGGGAUUAAUCGGUCUUGCUUGGCUGUGA